UAUCUCCGAAUUCUGGGCACAAACUUGUGUUGCACUCAAUAAUUUUUCAUGUUAUUUGUGGAAAUCGUUUCCAUCUGUCUCGUUUUCUGUAACCCAUUGCAUUUCCAUUGUGGGUUGUGGUCGGUUGCGCUUGGGAGUGAGUUGGCACAAACGUGGGGGUGAUAAAGUAUUUUUCUCGACAACUUUGUCGAAGAAAAAAAACAGGAGGAAACCGAUGAUAAUUAGUACAACCAGGCAGGUGUUUAAAGUUCUAUUUAAUUCUGCUACGAUACAGAGAUUCAAUUAUUCAAAGGGAGUUAGUGAAUUGCUAUUGAAAGUUAAAAUGACUACUGACAAGAAACCCUUCAACCGGCUUCCUACUGAUGUGAGACCAUAUCAUUACGAGAUAAGCCUCACCCCAGAUCUCAAGAAUUUCACUUUUGAGGGGACGCAGAAUGUCGAGAUUGAGGUAAAAAAUUCGACUGAGAAAGUUGUUCUCAACUCUCUCGAUAUUGAUAUCAAAAAGGUCGUCUACAAGAAUGGUGAUGGUGCCAGUUUUGAGGCAAAAAAGAUCGAACUUUCAGUGGAGAAUGAGACGGCCACUCUGCUCUUUCCGGAGAAGCUACCAGUUGGCAAGAGAGGAAGACUUUAUUUUGAUUUCGUAGGAGAGAUCAAUGACAAGAUGAAGGGAUUGUACAGAAGCAAAUAUACAGGUGCUGGAAAAGACAAAGAGCCUGUUGCCGUGACUUAUCUCUGUCCCACUUCGGCACGCCGAUUGUUUCCGUGUUGGGACGAGCCAAGUAUCAAGGCAACAUUUGGCAUAACACUUAAUCUCUACAAUUUGCCCAAUGCUAUUGGCCUUUGCAAUAUGCCCGUGGAGCGGGUUGAGAAAAAGGACAACGUAGAAACGAUAAAAUUCGAGAAGUCUCCAAUAAUGUCAACCUACCUUGUGGCGGUAGUCGUAGGCGAAUUCGACUUCGUAGAGGACAAAACAACGGACGGUACAGUUGUUCGAGUGUACACCCCAAAAUCGAAACAAGAGCAAGGGCGUUUUGCCCUAGAUGUAGCCACCAAAGUUCUCCCUUAUUACAACAAGUACUUCGGCAUCUCAUACCCUCUUCCAAAAAUGGAUCUCAUAGCAAUAGCUGAUUUUUCAGCCGGUGCAAUGGAGAACUGGGGCUUAGUGACUUACAGGGAGACGUGUCUUUUGGUAGACCCCGAAAAUACAUCAGCAGUCUCAAAGCAAUGGAUAGCAUUAGUAGUAAGUCACGAGCUCGCCCAUCAAUGGUUUGGUAAUUUAGUUACCAUGGAGUGGUGGACACAUCUGUGGCUAAACGAGGGUUACGCAUCCUUCGUGGAGUUCCUCUGUGUAGCCCAUCUGUUCCCUGAGUUCGACAUUUGGACUCAAUUUGUCACCGACACUUAUAUCAAAGCCCUUGAGCUCGAUGGAUUAAAAAACAGCCAUCCGAUUGAGGUGCCAGUGGGCCACCCCUCGGAGAUCGACGAAAUCUUUGAUGAUAUAUCAUACAAUAAAGGUGCCAGUGUCAUCAGAAUGCUUCACGCUUAUAUCGGGGAUGAUGACUUCAGAAAGGGAAUGAAUAUUUACUUAAAAAGGCACAGUUACAAUAAUGCCGAAACCGAGGACCUCUGGGCAGCUCUCGAAGAAGCCAGCAACAAGCCAAUCAGAGCUGUAAUGUCUACCUGGACAAAGCAAAUGGGAUUUCCAGUGCUCAAGGUAGAUGAACGUCAAGAUGGAAACGAUAGAAUUCUCUCCUUGACUCAAGAGAGAUUUCUGGCUAAUGGAUCAGUCGACAAGGAUUCGAGCCUCUGGAUGAUUCCAGUGAGUGUCAGUACAUCGAAAUCCCCAAGCGAAGUGGCCUUCAGUACUGUUAUGAGCGAUAGAACCAAGGAGGUGGUGAUCAAGGACGUGCCCGAGGGCUCGUGGAUAAAAAUUAAUCCAGGAACUAUUGGAUUCUACAGGACACGUUAUACACCUGAGGCACUCUCCUCUCUAAUGCCAGUCGUCAAGGAUCGUUCACUGCCACCUUUGGACAGACUCGGACUUCUCGAUGAUCUCUUUGCCAUGGUGCAGGCUGGCCACGCCUCUACCGUUGAAGUACUCAGGUUCAUGGAGGCCUUUCAACUAGAGGAUAAUUACACUGUGUGGUCGAGCAUCGUCAGUAGCUUCGGAAAAAUUGGAAUCCUCCUCAGUAAUCUUGAGAGUGAGGAUAGUUUCAAGGCUUUUGGCAGAUCUCUCUGCAAGGACAUUGCAUCGAGACUGGGAUGGGAUCCAAAGCCUAAUGAGAGUCAUCUGGAUACACUUCUGAGAUCGUUGAUUCUCAACAGAAUGGCCUCAUUCAGAGAUGCUGAUACCAUCAGCGAGGCGAAAAAGAGGUUUCACCUUCAUGUCACAGGGCAAAGUCUUCUUUCUGCCGAUCUCAGAAGUGCUGUCUACAGGGCUGCACUCUCUGAUGGUGAUCUUGAAACUUAUGAAGCCAUGUUGAAGCUGUAUCGACAGUCUGAUCUUCAUGAGGAAAAGGACAGAAUUCUUCGGGCUAUGGGGGCCAUUAGGAAUGAAGAGUUGUUGACUAAAGUUCUUGAGUUUUCCAUGAGUGAUGAAGUCAGAGCUCAGGAUACAAUUUUCGCUAUCAUCUCGGUGUCCAUGAACUCGAAGGGACGAAUCAUGUCUUGGGAGUUCUUCAAGAGGAACUGGGCAAUUCUCAUGGAUCGUUAUUCAGGAGGAUUCCUGCUGGCUAGACUCAUUAAACACAUCACUGAGAAUUUCUCGUCUGAGGAGAAAGCAGUGGAGAUUGAGAAUUUCUUCAAAGAACAUCCUACACCUGGAGGUGCUAGGACUGUCCAGCAGAGCAUUGAGAAUAUCAGGCUUAACGCUGACUGGCUCAACAGGGAUCGUGUCGCCAUUGAAAAGUUCCUUAAAGAACGUGGUUAUUAAUCUUUCUAGGGAAUUCUAAAACCGUCGGACGGAGGUUUUUGUAUUUCUUCUUUAUUUCUAAGUGUGUUGCAAGAUCCGGUUGAGGAUCAAACGCCUUUGUAUACUAUAAUUUCGAAAAUAUAUGGAUGUAAUUCUGUA